UGGCGAACGCAUUGAUUUUUAUUAUGUUAUCAUUCUCGUUCGUGUUUCUCUGUACAGCUGCUAUAGAAAACGACACAGGGCUUCCAGAUUUGAUACAAAAUGUCAGUGUUCGAAUACUUGGCAAAGAAGACGAAAAUACCACAAUCUACAAGAAAUACAUGUCGUAUGUAAAACAGAAAGAGCAAGAAAAACAUGCAGCUUUGAAUCUAACUCACAGUGAAAGUCUAAACGGGACGAAUUCAACGAAUUUCAACGAGACUUCAAAGCGACCCAAAUGGUACUGUUCGGGAAGACAGAUGGACUCWGAGCAUUCAGGGAAAGUUUUGCUCGUGAACGAUUCGUCUUUGUUAAAAUGGGUCAAUUCUACKAGUAACUCUAGUGAUGGUUGUGCAGUGGUGAUGUUUUAUGCUCGKUUUUGUCCUUUUUCUGCAAGUAUAGCGCCUCAAUUCAACGCGUUUGGCCGGGCAUACAAUAAUACACCUGUCUUGGCCAUUGAUGCCUAUAAGUAUAGUAGUGUGAAUGCUCGGUUUGGAGUGGUUGCUGUACCGACCAUUCUGAUAUUCCAUGCUGGUAAGCCUGUGUUAAAGUUCAACCACUCAAAAACCCUGGACGAUUUGAGAACAUUUGUUAAAAACUAUACAGGUCUAGAAGGCAACAUGACAAUUAAUGUAACCGAAGARGAUUACAUUGGUCCUGUAAGCAGUGAGGCUACAAAUGACACUGAUAUUUAUCUGAUAUUGUCAUCUUUAUUUGUGAUUUUCUUUGGACUGUACAUGUUCAGCCAAACAUUUUAUGGAGAUAUUUCUUGGGCUCAAAUUCAGAGCUUUGUAYGUUGGACUAAGAUUUUGGAAUGGUUUAAGGCAAAGCAAGAGUAAAUCUGGUCAGAAUCAUGUGAAGCUUUAGAGGGACAUGAUAAUUUUUAGUAAUGAUGAAGACAUCCUUGUGCAAGGAGAUCAGUUAAAUGUUUCAGAUAUGAAUCUUUUAUCAAGGCACAGAGAGGACAUCAGCGAAAAAGCAUUAAUUAAACACAAAUUUGAAUGAUUAUUCUACAAAAGGAAACUUGUCGACAAGUAUUACAAGUGACUUCAAUAUGGAAGGGACCUAAAACUACCGCUACUACUUCAAACAGUGUCUACAAUCAUCAUUUUUUAUUUCUUUAUUUGAACAAUAAUGUUCAACUUCUAAAAAAAAAACAUAGAAAUGUAGUGAAAAAUAAGGCAAGAGUACAAUUUUGUACAAUUUUCUUCCGUUUUUCUAGAAUAGUAAUAUACUACUCGAAAAGCACUCUUUCAAAAAUCAAAACAACUAUUAUUUAUACRUCUUUGAAAGAUUUCACUCAUAUUGGAUAUUAGAAGCUAAGUUUUAAUAUGUUUUAAUUUAAUGAUGGUUCUUGGUCUAAAGUGAUGUUGUGAUUGGYUGUUUGAAGUUCAAUCUGUUGAUUCUCCUGAAAAACAAAUAAGUAUUUUGGUGAUUAGUUUUAUGUGCAAGGAUAAUUAUUAGAGUGCAUGCAGAGCCUCUUAAUCCUCUCCUUAAAAAAAAGUCUUUUGUAUGAUUUUAGUAUAAGUUAAAGAUACAUUUAUGACAGCCCUUGAUUACUUGCCAGUCCAUGCAGGUUGAACCUUAUUACAAACAAUUGGCUCRCAGAAAACUUUAUACCACAAAAAACUCAUAAUGUAGAUAAUGUAAAUAAWAGUGUGGCUUGUUUCAAGUAAAUUUGCACAGUAUUAAGGGAGGGAGUUAAGUUUUUUUUCCUAUGAUUCAUAAAAGCAAUAAAGGAUGAACUGCCCGAUCUUUAUUGAUGAAAUAAAGCACUUUGGGAUGGCUCUAAUAAUAUGCCUUAUUUUUCCUGUAAAUUCACUAUAUUGAGGAAAGGUAUCAGUAAUAAAGGUGGACUGCCUGUGUAUAUUGAUGAAAUAAAGCACUAUGGGAUGUUAGAAAACA